GGAUCCGGUGUAGUGAAGAGGCGGCGCGCCGGAAAGAUACAGGAUAGCAAGAAACGAGCAACUUGAGGGCCUUCAUCCGCUCUCACCCUGCAGAUAUCAACACGGGGCGAACAUUGGUGUCUGCUAAGUGAUCUUGAGGGACGAAGGACUAGCGAACACUCGUGUAUGCAAGCGAAGUAAGGGUUUUGGCCUUGUCAACUUGGCUAACUGACGUUAGCUAACGCCAGGCCCAGCUAGUGCUAGCCGUGGAGCUUACUUUUCGCUAGCAAAAGCAAAACAAGGUAAGGAAUGAGUGAUGACCUCUGUGGUAGUGUCAGACGGUGGUGGGAACAUAGUGGAGUAUGUCACUGUGGUGGAGGAGCCCCAGCAGUGUGAGCAGCAGCCUGUCGAGGAGGAGGAGGAGGAGGAGGAGGAAGAAGUGGUUCAGCAGGAAAUUGAGGCGGUGAUCAUAGAGGGCGGAGAGGAGGUGGAGGAAGAUGUGGAAGAGGAGGAGGGUGUGGUGCUGCAGGAGGAGGGAUGUCCGGCAGUGAUCGUGGAAGAGGUGCCCAGCGCCCAGGUGGAGGAGUGCUACUCGGCACAGGUCCUGGUCUAUGAUGAUGAGACGUACCUGAUGCAGGAUGUGGCCGAGGAGCAGGAGGUGGUCACAGAGGUGGCUGAAACUGUGGAGAUGUCGGGUCAUGACAUGGUCUGUUUUGACAAAACAUUUGAAGCAGCCGAAGCUCUUCUCCACAUGGAGUCUCCUGGAGGACUGCACAACGAACGCAGCACAGCAGAGGAUGUGAUGAUGGAGACGGUGGUGGAGGUGUCUACGGAGUGUGGAACCAUAGAGGAGGAGUCCUUCCCCAUCCCUCCAGAAUGUGAACCUGCUGCCAAAAAGAAGAGAGGAGGUGGGCGUAAGCCAAAGACACACCAGCCUGCUUCCAACGGCUCGUUUGACCUGGGGAUCAAGAAGAGGCCGAGGGAGGGCAAAGGCAACACCACCUACCUGUGGGAGUUCCUGCUGGAACUGCUGCAGGAUAAGAACACGUGUCCCAGGUACAUAAAGUGGAUGCAGAGGGAGAAGGGCAUCUUCAAACUGGUCGACUCCAAGGCUGUGUCCAAACUGUGGGGGAAACAUAAGAACAAGCCUGACAUGAACUACGAGACCAUGGGCCGAGCCCUGAGGUAUUACUACCAGCGAGGCAUCCUGGCGAAAGUGGAGGGUCAGCGGCUGGCCUACCAGUUUAAGGACAUGCCCAAGAACAUCCGGGUGAUUGAUGAUGAGGAGGACGGAGAGGAGGUGGAGGACGGCGAGGGAGUGGUGACCAUCCAGCACCCAGCUCACCAGCAGGGCCCUGCCAGCCUUGGUACCAACUCCCCCGCUGCCACCCAGCCUCAGCAGACCUACGUCACUGUCAUCCCCAGCAAUGCCGCCUCCAGGCCCAUCCGAGCCAUGCCAGUGGUCAUGACCAACUCACUGGGUCAGGUGACGUUAAACUCCUCCUCCAUCCUCACCACGGGAGUCCCAGUAACGGUAGCCAACACUUCUGCAAGCGCUCCCCCCAAACUGGUCAUCCAGGCUCUGCCCACCGUGCUGCCCGCCGGCUCCAAAGCAGGAGAGAAAAUCACCAUCAUCACCAUCCCAGCCAACCAGCUGGCCACGCUCAUGCAGGCCAACCCGUCAGGCCAGAUCACGCAGCUCAUCCAGGCAAAACCUGUUGCUACACAGGUUUCGCAGGCCGCCGCAAAAGCUGCCACCACCGCGCCUACGGUCCAGCUAACGGCAGGCCGGCCGACACCGCAGCUCAUCCUGGCUAAACCGGCAGCAGUAGCCCAGCCGCUGCCACAGCUCUCUGUUCAAGUCAGUCAGCCCUACCCUGCCCCACCCAAAACCCCAACCCGGCCCCAAAAGCCCUCCAGCAGUCAGCCCGAGGCAGCACAAUCAGAGGCAGCAUCUGAGGCUCCGCCCCCCUCCAGUCCACCAGCAGCAUCAGUAGAAACCCCAUCAUCCUGAGAGCUCCACCCUGAGCCGGGGCCAUUGGGGGCGUACAGGAAGUGACUGUGGACACUGUGACGAUGUGCACAUCCCACCCCCCACAGAGCAGAGUUCCUCUCUGAUUGGCUCAGACUGUCAGCCUAAUGUUGGUCUCCAGGGAGACAUAUGCUCUUACUCUGGAGCUGCUGAAGCCCCACAAAGGAUUAAAGGGACUAUUGUAGAAAUACACACACACACACACACACACACACACUCACACAGAUCCUUCAGAGCUCAGAAGACAUGGGCAGCCUUAGAUUGUAAAUGAAAAAAACUCCUUUUUGUAAUCAAAUAUAAUAUAAAAAGCCUGACAAGACUUUGUUGUAAACAGAAAUGUAAAAAGCAUUUUUUGAUACUCAGCAGGUAUGUAUCAGUACAGACGUAGUUUGAAUUCAUCUCUUUGUUGCUUCAUCUGUUUUAGUCUAAUGUUUAUUCUGCCGACUUCUGUUACUCCACAGCACUGUCACAUUCUCCCAACACUGUCUUUUUUUACUGUUGAUAAAAAGGGAGUGAAAGGAUGUCUGCGUCAAGAUAAGAGAACUAAAUGGUGUGCUCCACAUCUGAAGUAUAAUAUACUAUUUUUUUUCUUGUACUAUCAGUGUAUUGAAGUAGAUUUUACUGAAAUAUGUAUUAUAAAAAACAACAAAUGUGAA